UAGGAGGAAGGGCAAGUGAUCAUUUCAUCAACAACAUGGCGGCCGUGAACGCAGGAAAUGAUAUGAGUGAAUUAAAUAAGCCACCACAAUCAGAAACUGAGGGUAAAGUUGAUAAAAAUGGCUUGGAAGAGACUGAAAUUCCUCUAAGUCCUGAUCAUGCAGCCGAAGAAGCAAGAAAAGAGGAAAUYAGAGCCAAAAUACAAACUAUAGAAGAAGAAGUUAUAACUCUGCGUCAGGCUUUAAACAGAAAAGAAAACCAGUUAGCAGCCCUUAAAAAAGAACUUGGUAUUACAGCAUGGUCACAGAUUAGAGAAGGUAUUGGAAACACCUAUCAAGGUGUCCAACAGUCACAAAUAUACCAAAAGACAUCUGAAUCAUUGAAGAAUGUUAAUGAGAAAAUUGUCCACUCAGAAGCUUAUAACAAGUUGAGCCAAGGAGCCUCUGUUACUAAAGGAGCACUAGUUGAUGCUGGUGGGAAGACUGUGACUGUUGUGAAAAGUGCUGGCUCUGCGACAGCUAAGAAGUUAGGAGAAAUUAGAGACUCAACCAUGUUUCAGUCACUAGAAAGUAAAGUGUUAUCAGCAUCAGCAACCAUCAAGUUUAAGAUGCUGGGAUGGCCGUCAAAGAACGAGCAAAAGGAAUACAAGGGUGGAGGCUCACCCUCUACUCCUGACAAUGACAAGCCUUGAUAGUAAAUUAAUCUAACGAGAAGUAWUCAAAACCAAACCUUCUUUGUAGUUACUGUAAAUAUAUAUUUGAAUAUUUCAAUAUUUAGUUACACUGGCUUCGUAAUCAUUCUGGUCAUAAUUAGUAGUGGUCAAAGGUGCAACGUGUCACAAUAUAUACUGCUAUUUAAAAAACGUUGAAUUCUGAAUUCCAAGACCGAAAUGCAUUAUUAGACGCUCCCUCUAAAGGAGUUUUCGUGGUUUUAAGGCCCGUUUACACUUGCGAUUUUUGCAGCGCGAUUGUCGCGCGCCAAUCGCCUGACGUUCGACAAUAUGCUUGAAAUUGAACUGCAACUCGAUCGCAGUGCUGUUUACUCGUACGAUUUGAGGUGCGCGAGAACAAAGUGGCGAUUGUCGUGCGACAAUCGCGCUGCAAAAAUCGCAAGUGUAAACGGGCCUUUAGGGUGACUAUACUAGAACUUCAAUGGAAAGAACGCAGCUAAUGUGGCGCUUAAAACCAACAAUGCAUUGCGGUCUUAUCACAGUARCCAACGUUUCUGAAAAGGCUGUGUUAGAGGUAACGUCAAUGCGUUCUUUCAAAUAACAAGUUUUCGAAAAAGAGAAAUGUAUUUCCUGGAUAAUAUGAUAAACGCGUGACUUUUGAUUUUGAAACUAUACGAAUAAAAAGGAUGAUAAGGAAUGUCACGUGAUCUGAAAUAUUACAAGAGAGAAAGUCUCGUUUUAUACGAUAUUGCGACUUUGUUUCACUUCAAGACAUUUUCUUAAUACAUCUCCUUUUUACUCUUUCACUUAUAACCUGUUUUUUUCUCUUCCCUUUUAAUGGUGUCAUUUUAUUUUUCCUUUUCGCUUCUUGUCUUCUUUUCAAUCAUUUUCUUUCAAUAAGGAUGAUUGCGACUACCAAGCCAGYGUAAACACAUAAUCAUAAAAAUCAUAAUUAUAAAACAGUUGAGGAAAAUUCUCCUUUUAUAAGUUAAUAUCAUUAAAAUUUGACUUAAUAAAGACAAUAUUAAACAAAGUCUAUUUAAAAACCUUUGUAGUAGUUUACAAAUAUAAAGUAUACAGUCGUUCUGAACAAUUUUCUAAGCUAUUUUGUAAAAGGCUUUAAAAUGGAAUAAAUCUAUUGGUAAUUAAACUUACAUUACAAGUGGA